UAGUAGUAGCGAGAGACGUGAUUCACACAGCUCAGACCACUGCAUGAGGCUGUGAAGCGGCUUCUUUCUUCUGACAAUGACUAGUAUCACGUUAUCUUAAAAAUAAUAUUAUUUACGUGAUUGAAGGAGCAAUGGCGAAAGGAGAGGGAGCUGAGCAGUCCGCGGCGAGAUUACUAGCAGCCAAACCUAUAAAUACAGAGGUCAAGACAGCUAAGCCAAAGGACCAGAGGAAUCGUCUGUCUGUGUGGAACAAACUCUGCUAUGCCAUCGGUGGGGCUCCCUACCAGAUCACAGGCAGCGCUCUGGGCUUCUUCCUGCAACUGUACCUACUGGAUGUGGCUCAGCUGGAUCCUUUCCAUGCCUCUAUAAUCCUGUUUGUGGGCCGGGCCUGGGACGCUGUCACAGACCCCACAGUGGGUUUCUUUGUGAGCCGGAGUAGAUGGACAGGCGUCGGCCGCAUGAUGCCCUGGAUCCUUUGCUCUACUCCGUUUGCAGUGCUGACGUACUUCCUGAUCUGGUACGUGCCUCCAUUUGAGGAUGGGAAGAUCGUGUGGUACCUGAUCUUUUACUGCCUCUUCCAGUCCAUGCAGACGUGCUUCCACGUGCCAUAUUCAGCCCUCACCAUGUUCAUCACCAACGACCAAAAGGAGCGGGACUCGGCCACUGCUUAUCGUAUGACAGUUGAGGUGCUGGGCACAGUGCUAGGCACAGCGAUCCAGGGACAGAUAGUAGGUGGCGUCACAAAUUGCCCUGAGACUGAUGAGCUCGACAGCAGUAACUCAACCAAUGCAACCGGCGUGUCACUGGAGGAAACGAAACAAGCGUACCUAAUUGCUUCAGGCGUCAUCUGUAUCAUCUACGUCUUCUGUGCCGCAGUCUUGUUUCUGGGUGUAAAGGAGAAAAAAGAUAACGGCCGAAAGAAAACACUACUUACCUUCCGUCAGGGCAUCUGUCUGGUGAUGAGUCACGGACCGUACGUCAAACUGGUCAUCGGCUUCCUCUUCACCUCUCUGGCCUUCAUGCUUCUGGAGGGAAACUUUGCUCUUUUUAUCACCCACUCUCUCGGUCAUAGGAAACACUUCCAGAAUAUUCUCCUGGUCAUCAUGCUAUCAGGGACUCUGACCAUCCCGUGGUGGCAGUGGUUUCUGACGCGCUUUGGAAAGAAGAAGGCGGUUUACUUUGGCAUCAGUUGGGCCGUACCCUUCAUGAUCCUCAUCAUCUCCAUCAAGAGCCACCUGAUCAUUUCUUACUUGGUAUCCGUGGCGGCAGGUGUGAGCGUGGCGGCAGCUUUCCUCCUGCCAUGGUCAAUGCUUCCUGAUGUCGUGGACGACUUCAAGGUUAAAAACCCAGACAUCCACGGUCAUGAAGCCCUCUUCUACUCCUUCUACGUGUUCUUCAUCAAAUUUGCCUCUGGAGUGUCCCUGGGUGUCUCUACCCUCAGUUUAAAAUUUGCGGGCUAUGUGACCGGGAGCUGUAUACAACCCGAGGCGGUCAGUUUAACCCUGAAGGUGCUGGUCUCUCCUGUGCCUGUGGCACUUAUAGCUGUGGGACUUUUGAUAUUGAAGACCUAUCCUAUUGAUGAAGAAAGGAGGCAGGGCAACCAGAAGCUUCUCCAGAAAUUGCUGGACUCUGAGUCUGAAACUUCAGCGCUGGAGAGUGACGUGUAGCCACAGCGGACGAGCCAGACACCGCAGCUGCUUUAAUGUAUUUGCACAAAACUGUCGAGGGACAAGACCACCAACUAUCUGGACUAACAGAGAGACCACAGACCACAACUGCUGCACAAACAUCAUCAGUAUUAAGGCUCCCUGCAGUGGACCACACAGUCUUACAGCGCCCUCUAGUGGCCAGUCUGGGGCUUCUCCAGCUGUGUCCCAAUUACAUCUGCCAAAACUUAAAAGGUUACACAUUGCCAUACUGUACUUAAAUUGUUUAACUGUCACACAGCACUGUCCAUGGACUAAAGAAAUGCACAGUGAAAUCCUUAUCAUUUUAAGAAAGAGACACCCUUUUUUGUUUUUGAUUCAAUAACUGUGAGUCAUUGGAGUUGUAAUCAUUCUAUAGUGGAAAAACAGAGAGAGAAAUCAAACUCAUUUUCCAAAGAAGUGUGACUUUGUUUACUGAGAUGUUCCUUUUAUACAAUGUUUUUUUACCUGCACAAGCAUUUUUUUUUUUUUUUUCAUCACUUCGGUGUGAAUGCACUACAUACUGAAAUACUUGGUCAGAAUUGGGACACAGCUUGUGAUCUGUGGUAGUUUAGGAAGUAUUUGUUGCUGGUUUACAUGCUCUGACCUUCACUCGUGCAGACUGGAGAAUGAUGUUACUGUUAAUGUUUACCAUGUCUUAGGUCACUUGUGUUUGACUUUCCAUUCAGACAGGAGAAGGAAAAGCACACUAUCAGCCCUUAUUUAUCAAGGGUAUACCAGCACUAUCCCACUAACUGGAGUUGUAUGAAGCUGUGCUCCAUUUUAUACUUCUUAUUGGGUGCCGUUGUUACUUUUAGAUUAAUUUAGAAAGCUAAAAACUUGAAUCUCCUGAAGGGGAAAUGGCACCUUGGGGUAUGAUGUACUGUAUAUGUGAAUCACUGCCUUACAUUUACAUCUUAAAUUAUUAGUUGCAAUGAGAUUUUCUGUUAAAAUUGCUGCUCAGGUUUUUUUUAAUCUUGCUUCAAAGAAUAGUUUUUCCCAUUCAACCUUUUCUGUCCUUUCACAUUUCAGCCAAUCUCUUCUCUUCUAGUUUAUUAGAUCUUUCUGAAUGUGCUGUCACGUAGUCCACUUCAU